AUGCGAGCACGGCCCGUGAAAAGUGGAGCGAGGGCAUUGCCUUCCAAUUCAGAUCUUCAAAGUGAGGUGAGCUCUUUGUCUUCUCUUAUGUCGUCUACAUUUCCAUACUCUCUGUUUCGGUGCUGUCUCUACAGCAAACUCUUGAUCAGCAUGUCUGCCCCGAACACGCAGUCAUGGCGCUCUUCCAAGACCCUGCUAAUCUUCACCGCUACACUCGGCUUGUUCACAGAGAAUUUCUUGUAUGGUUUCGUAGUGCCCAUACUCCCAUACAUGAUCGAAACACGUCUUCAUCAGGACCCGGCCGUAACUCAACGCUUCACCACCGAGCUUCUCGUCUUACUAGGCCUCAUCUCCAUCCCCGCCGCUCCCAUCAUAGGUCACUUCGCCGAUAAAACCUCUUCCCGCAAAAUUCCUCUCCUCAUCUCCCUCUCUGGCUGCACGGCCGGUACUCUCCUGGUCGCUCUCACGCCCUCGGUCUGGGCGGUGUAUCUCGGACGAAUUCUUCAAGGUAUCGCAGGUACCGGAGCGUGGAUUGUGGGGUUUGCGAUGUUGACUGAUGCGGCGGGAGGAAAGCAUAUGGGUAAGGCGUUAGGGUUUGCAGGCUCCUUCAUCACGGCUGGAAUUAUUACGGGCCCUGCUGUGAGUGGAGCGUUGUUGCAGUGGUUUGGGUACUGGCCUGCGUGGAGCGUGCCGUUGGCGUUGUUGGGCGUGGGGUUAGUGGCUAGGUUGGCGAUGGUCGAGGAGGGGAGGAAGGAGAAGAGAGAGGUGCGUGAGAGGGUUGAGGACGAAGAAGCGCCGCUUCUGAAUGAUGGCCAGCCGGCUGGGGAGGCGAAGAGGACUGCGGCGAGGGGUUUCUACGGUGUCAUGCUGCGGAAAGGUGUAGUCUAUGCUGCCAUCUUCAACGUCAUGGCUUUCGCCAUGGUUGUUUCGGGCUUCGAUGCGACCCUGCCAAUUCAUUUGCGGGACACUUUUGGCUGGGGAAGUGCUCCGAUCGGCUCGAUAUUCUUGGGACUGCAGAUUCCUGCAAUGUUUCUGGCCCCUUUCAUAGGCUGGCUGCGGGACAGAAUAGGCCUACGUUGGCCCACCACGAUAGGCUGGGCACUUACCGCGCCACUGCUGUGGUUCUCUGGGGUCCCAGGUCAGGACGGCUUUCUCGGGAUAGGUUCUGGAACCCGUGGCCAGGCUGCUUUCGUGGCGAGCAUAAUCGGCAUCGGCAUCACGACAACGUUGGGACGUGGCGCUGGGACGUUUCAGCUCACUACCACCCUCCAUGAGUUGCGGAAAGCUGACCCGAACAUUUUUGGACCGGGUGGAGGAAGCUCGAGGAUCUUCUCAUUGACUGAGAUGUCAUUCGCUACUGGCCUGAUGCUAGGGCCGCUGGUCUGCGGAUCGCUGGCUGAUACUGUCGGUUUCCACUACACAGCGUGCGCUUUAGCUGGUAUUUCUGUCUUUGUGGCUGUGACAUCUUUUAUCUUCUUCACGCACAAAGCGCCAGUCCGGGAGCCACAAGCAGAAGCAGACGAGUAG